UCUCUUCUCCUCUCUCUCUCUCUCUCUCUCUCUCUCUCAAAAAAAUAAAAAUAAAAACCUCACUCUCCAAUCAAAAAAAUAGAUUGAAAGAAAUGGAACCUAAUGUACCCGUAAUAGCUGCCAAGAGAAUAUGGAGCAUAGUGCGUGUAGCUUUUUUCAUGCUGAGAAAAGGCAUAUCAAAAAGAAAGCUAAUGCUAGACCUCAACUUGAUGAUGAAACGUGGCAAGGUCGCCGGAAAAGCCUUUAGCAACCUCAUGUUCCACCACCAUCACACGUCCUUCUCGGCUCCACGAGAGUACGAAUUCAGCUGCAGCAACACCCCCAACUACGCCUUCCACAUCAACAAUAAACGCCGCAAUCACCACCACAGCAACUUCUUCACAUGCGCUCACGCGCCGGCUACUCUAGAUGAUGAUGUGGCCACGGCUAAUGCUGUGAAGGCCAUGGUGUUAGAGAUGCUGAACAAUGAAGCGGUGGUGGAAGCAUCGCCGGCGCUUCCGGGCUUCGGACGAAGCCCCAUGGUGAGACAGCUGAGGAUUACUGACUCUCCCUUUCCUUUGAGGGACAUUGAUGAAGACUCCCAUGUGGACAAAGCUGCCGAGGAGUUUAUACAGAGGUUCUACAAGGAGUUGAGACAGCAAAAUUGAAGUACUAUAUUACAACGUAGGUAUGUACGUACAUACGUACGUACUUACUCUUUGUUGAAAAGGUUUCGGGCAGGAAUAUUAUGGCAGCUUUAAUAUAACUAUUAUUACGGCUAUAUAUAUAUAUUUGGCAAUUCCUAUUGCUGUUGAUAACAAAAUAAAAGGUUAAGUUUUUAUUUUUUUAUUUCUUCUUUUUUCGUGUUCUUAAUUUCUAAUUAUGUUGUUGAAUAAUCUUGUAAGUAUGUCAUGUUGUAACCCCAAAGAAAAAGGGAAAAAAAAAAAUAGUGGAGGAUUGUACAAGGAGUGAGUGAUGUGCAUACUUCUGCAGGGUAUUUCCAAGUUUUGCUUUAUGAAA